AGUCCACCCUUUUCCAGAUCCCUCAGCUUUGUUUCUCUCUUUUGAUGAACCAGCAAAACAAGACAUCUUGACACAAAAUCUGCGAUACAUGAGAUUCAUUGCCCAAGGCGUCUAAUUCAUAUAUCUCCUCUCGAUUUUAACAAAUUUCAUACAUCAGGAUCUAUAAGCCUCGGAGCUCCAACGAAGUAGUUGCUUUAUAUUGUGGAGAUGGCAUCACCUGCUAGUUUUUCAAGAGAAACGUCGGUAGUUGUUGUUGCACUUGAAACCAGUGAAGUCUAUAUUAUCACCAGCUUGUCUUCUAGAGCCGAUACUCAAGUCAUUUAUGUUGAUCCAACAACUGGAGCUCUUGUAUAUCACGGAAAACCUGGUUAUGAUAUCUUUAACACCCAAAAACAGGCAAUAGAUUACGUUACGAAUGGUUCGAAAUAUCUGUGUAGGAGUGUAGCUUAUGCCAAAGCUAUAUUAGGUUACGCAGCCGUAGGGAGUUACGGAUUGUUGCUAAUUGCAACAAGGUUGAGUGCCAGUAUUCCCAAUUUGCCGGGUGGAGGUUGUGUAUUUACAGUGACCGAGAGCCAGUGGAUUAAGAUUCCGCUACAAAUUCCUCAACCACAGGGUAAAGGAGAGCUAAAGAAUGUUCAAGAAUUGACUGAGCUUGACAUUGAUGGGAAGCACUACUUUUGCGAGAGUAGGGAUAUUACUCGGCCUUUCCCAAGUCGAAUGCCUUUGCAAAAUCCAGAUGAUGAAUUUGUAUGGAAUGGGUGGUUCUCAAUUUCAUUUAGAAAUAUUGGGCUGCCACAACACUGCGUUGUUCUAUUGCAGGGAUUUGCUGAAUGUCGGAGUUUUGGAAGCUUAGGUCAGCACGAAGGAAUUGUUGCUCUCACUGCGCGUCGUAGUAGGCUGCAUCCUGGCACUCGUUAUUUGGCUAGGGGCAUAAAUUCAUGCUAUAGUACAGGAAAUGAAGUUGAGUGUGAACAACUUGUAUGGAUUCCCAAGAAGUCUAGUCAGAGUGUACCUUUUAACACAUACAUUUGGCGGCGUGGUACUAUUCCUAUGUGGUGGGGCGCAGAGCUAAAGAUGACAGCUGCAGAAGCAGAAAUUUAUGUUUCAGAGCGUGAUCCUUACAAAGGAAGUGCCCAGUACUAUCAGAGGUUAAGUAAAAGAUAUGAUACACGGGAUAUAGAAAUUGUUGGUGGGACUGAGAAAAAGAGUGGUUUGGUACCAAUUGUAUGUGUCAACUUGCUUAGAAAUGGUGAAGGAAAGUCAGAAACCAUUUUAGUUCAGCAUUUUGCAGAAUCUCUAAAUCAUAUCCGCGCAACAAAAAAAUUGCCUUCCGCCCGGGUUCAUUUAAUAAAUUAUGACUGGCAUGCCAGUAUCAAGCUGAAAGGUGAACAACAAACUAUUGAAGGACUCUGGUACCUUCUGAAAGCGCCCACUGGUUCUAUAGGAAUUUUUGAGGGGGAUUACCUGCCCUCCCGUCAGCGGAUUAAGGAUUGCAGAGGUGAAAUAAUAUGCAAUGAUGACCUAGCUGGUGCGUUCUGCUUACGAGCACAUCAAAAUGGAGUUAUACGCUUUAAUUGUGCAGAUUCUUUGGACAGGACAAAUGCUGCGAGUUAUUUUGGUGCCCUACAAGUUUUUGUAGAGCAAUGCAGACGUCUUGGAAUAUCACUUGAUAGUGAUUUGGCUUUUGGUUACCAUUCGGCUAAUAAUUACGGUGGAUAUGUUGCACCACUUCCACCAGGCUGGGAGAAACGAUCUGAUGCAGUAACUGGUAAAGCAUAUUAUAUAGAUCACAACACCAGGACUACAACUUGGAAUCAUCCUUGUCCAGAUAAACCAUGGAAGAGAUUUGAUAUGACAUUUGAGGAGUUUAAGAGAUCGACAAUUUUAUCUCCAAUCCAUCAACUAGCCGACCUCUUUUUGCUUGCUGGUGAUAUUCAUGCAACUUUAUAUACUGGUUCUAAAGCUAUGCACAGCCAAAUUCUUAGCAUAUUUAACGAGGAAGCAGGCAAAUUUAGCAAAUUUUCUGCAGCACAGAAUAUGAAGAUUACUCUGCAGAGAAGAUACAAAAAUGCUGUUGUAGAUAGCUCUCGCCAAAAGCAGUUAGAGAUGUUUCUAGGACUACGUCUUUUUAAGCAUCUUCCAUCGAUUCCCAUCCAUCCUUUACAUGUUCCGUCUCGGCCAUUUGGUUCCUUGCUUAAGGAUGUUGCUAGCAUGGUACCAAAUCCUGAUGAUGGAGUCAGCCUUCUAAGUUUUAAGAGAAAAGAUCUGAUCUGGGUUUGCCCACAGGCAGCAGAUGUGAUGGAAAUAUAUAUCUACCUUGGAGAGCCCUGUCAUGUUUGUCAGCUUCUCCUAACAAUUUCACAUGGUGUGGACGAUUCAACUUCUCCAUCUAUGGUUGAUGUGAGGACGGGGUCCUCUUUAGAUGGACUCAAACUUGUUGCAGAGGGAGCUUCCAUACCUCAAUGUGUAAAUGGCACAAACAUAGUAAUACCCUUACCAGGACCUAUUAGAGCUGAGGAUAUGGCUGUUACUGGAGCUGGUGCACGUUUAAAUGGACAAGAUGCACCAGUCCUAUCUCUGUUAUAUGAUUUUGAAGAGCUGGAAGGAGAACUAGAUUUUCUUACUCGAGUUGUUGCACUUACGUUCUAUCCUGCUGUAUCUGGAAGGCCAAUCACUCUUGGUCAGGUUGAGAUACUUGGAGUUUCUCUUCCAUGGAGGGGCAUAUUCAAUCGUGAAGGUCGUGGUGCAAGGUUAUGUGAAGGCACCCAGAAAAAUUCUGGGGAUGCUAAUUCUUCCGUGUAUAGUACUGAGACCAAUCCUUUUAGUGCUGAUUUAUGCAAUGAGAAAACAUCACCGCCUUUAGAACCUUAUAAUUCUGUAAACUCAACGGUGGACCUUUUAUCUGGUGGAGAUGGAUAUUUAGAAUCCAGUUCUCCACCUGUAAUAAGAGACGAUGUGCAUGAAAGAGGCGACUUACUUGACUUCUUGGACGAUUUUGUUCAACAGACAGUUCAAAGCGAUUCUAAAAGCAUUCAUAUGCAGAAGGGGAACAUUCCAGAAGACAGUGCUUAUCAGUACUUGAAUAGUUACAGGCUUUUGGCGGGACAACAUUUGGAAAAGAAAUUGGGAUUCAGAGAAGCUAUGAAGCUCGAAAUUCAACGCUUUCGGUUGAAUCUAUCUGCUGCCGAGAGGGAUAGAGCUUUAUUAUCAAUUGGUACUGAUCCUGCUACUAUUAAUCCCAAUGUAUUACUUGACAGUUCUUACAUUGGAAGGUUGUGCAAAGUUGCAAAUGUGCUUGCUUUGCUUGGGCACAGUACGCUUGAAGACAAAAGCACCGCUGCUAUUGGUCUCGAAAUUACGGGUGACAAUUCUAUAGAUUUCUGGAAUAUUUCUGGGAUUGGGGAGAGCUGUUCCGGUGGGAUGUGUAAAGUUCACGCAGAGGGCGGGUCACCUGCUCAUGCAGCAUCUGAAUUCCCAUCUUCUAAUACUUCACAAGAUGUGUUUGUAUGUUCCGAUUGCAGAAGAAAGGUUUGCAAAGUUUGUUGUGCUGGGAAAGGAGCACUGCUUCUUGAAGCAUAUAACUUAAAGGGAGUUUCAAGUGUAUCUGGUCAGGGAGGCUCUGCAGCCGAUCUCUCUACCAAUCGGUCAGUAACACUAGAGGGUGUUAUAUGUAAAUCAUGCUGCCAUGGUAUUGUACUUGAUGCAUUGAUCCUGGACUACACCAGGGUGUUAGUUAGCAACCGAAGAAGUGCUCGUGCAGAUGAAGCUACACAUAAAGCUCUGAAGCGUGUCAUAGGAAAUUUUUCUAAUUCUUUGGAGAAAAGUCAAUCUUCUAAUAGCGGAGGCAUCACUAAGUCUUUAAAUCAGUUAUUUGCUGGAGAGGAAUCCCUUGCUGAGUUCCCCUUCGCCAGCUUUCUAAAUGUGGUUGAUACAGCACCUGGAUCAGCGCCACUGUUGUCUUUGCUUGCACCUUUGGAUUUUGGACCCCAACAUUUAUACUGGAAAGCUCCCCAGAGUACCUCCUCUGUUGAAUUCGUCAUUGCUCUUGCUAAUCUUUCGAAUGUUUCUGGGGUCACCCUUAUAGUUAGUCCUUGUGGCUAUUCCAUGAUGGAUACACCUAUUGUGCAAAUUUGGACGGGCGAUAAAGUAAACAAGGAAGAGAGAUCAUGUGUUGGAAAAUGGGAUGUACGAUCUAUGACAGCAUCUUCCUCAGAAAUCUAUGGACCGGAAGACUAUAGCAAGGAUAAUCAAGCACCUAGAAAUAUAAAAUUCUCCUUCCGAAAACCAGUUCAGUGCCGCAUUGUUUGGGUAAUGUUAAGUCUUCAGAGAUCUGGUUCCAGUUCCGUCAGUCUCGACGAAAAUAUCGAUCUCUUAUCUUUAGAUGAAAAUCCUUUCGCACAACUGGAUAGGCGUGCAUCUCUAGGUGGACCAAUUGACAGUAAUCCAUGUCUUCAUGCCAAGAGAAUAUUUGUUGUUGGUAGACCCCUAAAAAAUGAUGCAGGGGUGACAUCUUCCCUGGGUUCUGAUGUAAGAAGCUGGUUGGCGAAAGCUCCACCAGUGACAAGAUUUAAGGUUCCAAUUGAAGCUGAGAGGUUAAUGGAUAAUGAUCUUUCGUUAGAGCAGUAUCUGCCUCCUGCUUCACCAAUGCUAGCAGGAUUUCGUAUUGAUGGCUUCAGUGCAAUUAAGCCUCGUGUAACACAUUCACCUUGUUCUGAUGUAAAUCUAUGGGAGCCUUCAAGUUUUUUAGAGGACAGAUUAAUAUCUCCAGCUAUAUUGUAUAUUCAAGUUUCUGCUUUGCAGGACUCUCACAACAUGGUCACUAUUCACGAGUAUCGAUUACCAGAAGUGAAGGCUGGAACAGCCAUGUACUUCGAUUUUCCUAGACAGAUAAGUUCCAACCGAGUGUGUUUCAAACUUCUUGGAGACGUGGCUGCAUUUGUCGAUGAGCCAACCGAACAGGAUCAGGCAGAAUUCACUGUUCGACCGGUAGCUACAGGGUUGUCAUUAACAAAUAGAAUCAAACUGUAUCAUUAUGCUGAUCCUUAUGAGAUGGGGAAAUGGGGUGCCCUUUCGGCUAUUUGAUUGAUAGAGACACACACGAUCCCCGUAUGGGGUAACUUCAGUAAAGUAGAUUAGGUGUUACAUUCUUUAUUGUGAUUAUAAGAUAUGUAUGUAAUUGUAUCUUCAAUUCAUUAAUGUAUUGUUAUUCCUUUUGGUGGAAAAUCAUCAAGCCUUGCAAUUGCUCGGCCCCUAGUUGAAA